AUGACCUCAUCAACGACCGCUUCGCAAUCAGAAUUGGAAUCUGCUCGAGUACCAUUAGGAUGGAGGGAUCAGUGUUCAGCCCUCUUGAUUCCAUUAAAUGUAUGUCGACACAAGACGCUCUACAUGCCUUGGAAAUGUGAAGAUGAGAGACACGGAUACGAGAAAUGUCAAUACGACGACUACAUGCGACGUAUGAAGCAGCUCACUCGACAGAAGAAAGCAGCCGCCGAAGCUGCUGCAGCUGAAGAAUAA